AUGAACAAUGUGGAAAAUAAUAAUAAUAAUAAUAAUAAUAAUGACAAUAAUGGUAAUAAUAAUAAUGGUAUUAUUAAUGACAAUAAUAGUGAUAAUUAUUUGAAUCGAUUGAAUGUUGAUCGGAGCGAGAAAAUUAGUUGCCAUAGUCAUAGAGUUCAUGGUGGUUAUCUUAGGGGGCCACACCCCGGGCCUUUGACCUAA